AUGUCGGACGUAGAAGACAACACCGUUCCCGAGGUCUCCGAGGAGGUUGAGGUUUCCGCCGAUGCCCCCAAGGGUCAGAUGACCGUCUUGGACGCCCUCAAGGGUGUUCUGAAGCUGUCUCUGACGCACGAUGGUCUUGCCCGUGGUCUCCGCGAGGCUUCCAAGGCCCUCGACCGCCGCCAGGCUCACAUGUGCGUCCUGAACGAGAACUGCGAGGAGGAGGCCUACAAGAAGCUCGUCAUCGCUCUCUGCGACGAGCACAAGAUCCCCCUGAUCAAGGUCCAGGACGGCAAGCAGCUCGGCGAGUGGGCCGGUCUCUGUGUCCUCGACCGUGAGGGUAACGCCCGCAAGGUCGUCAACUGCUCUUGCGUCGUUGUCAAGGACUGGGGUGAGGAGUCGCAGGAGCGCUCCAUCCUCCUCAACUACUUCCAGACCUCGCAGUAA